CACCCAAAGGGAAAGAAGGGGAUACGUCAUGUUUACCCUCAGGGAGACCUAAAGAGAGUGCGAGAGGCUGUGGAGAAACCCCCCCACGUGUGCCCCUUAGUUAAGACAGAAUAUGUGUAUGAGGAUGAUGGUGACAAUCGCCCCCAGGUUAUUACUAAGGAAAUUCCUUUCACUGUGACCGAAAUAGCUAAGCUGCGAAAGGAUUUUGCAAGGACAGCGUGAGAAUCGGAGACCGAGUAUGUUUGGAGGGUGUCCCUGUCAGGGGGAGAUGGGAUCUUGUCGGAGAAAGAGGCGGAAGGAUACUGGGGCCCUGGUGUGGUUUUAACUACGGGUGACCAUCGAGCCCCGUGGUCGUUAACACAGCGGGUUGCAUAUUGGGCAGGAGGGCUGAAGCCCUUGCAGAGGGGAGCCCCCUUAGCCAUAACAGGCUCGACAGAUCAGCUAGUAGAAAAUAUGCAGAAAGUGGCGUAUCUGCAGAUGAUGUAUGAUCGGGAACUUAAACUCAACCUAAGCUCCCCAAUGUUGUUGCUGGUAGAUCCUGAACAAAUGACACCCCUGAUACAGGGACUUCCCCAUUCCUUAAAACCCAGCGGGAUUCAACUGCAGGGGAAAAUUCAGAAUCUACCCCGUGAGGAGAGAAUUGCGGCUGCCCUGGAGAGAAUGGUGACCCCUGACCAUCGGUGGUCAGAAAGGAAGGUGUGGACCUGGGGGGAGAUAGCGCAAGAGUUAAUUAAUUAUGGAAGAAAGUAUGGACCUGUUAGCCGGUCAUCCCAGAAAGUUGAUGCCAGAGCCGUGCGGACGGCAGAGCCAGGAAAGGGGAGACCGCUACUCCCUGAGAGGAUCCCAGGUUUAAGGGGAAAGGAAAAGCCCCUCACCUGGCAGGGACUGUGGCAGUUGGGGCUGCAGAAGGGCGUUCCUCGGGAGCUGAUGGAUGGACUCCCGACAAAGAAAUUAGAAUUGCUUGUGCAGAGGUGGUCCGGGCAGGGAACUGCUCUUCAGCGGAGCGUUAAUACCUCGUUAGUGGCAGGCAUGGAGGAGGAGGAAAAACGGGACAAGAUUGCGUCGGGAAACUAACUCCUUCUCCGCUCCCCCAGGGUGGAUGUUUGUAAGACAACUCACCUGCAAUGACAAAGGGGACUUAUUGAUUCCAGUGGUGGUGGGGCCAAAG